CGACGGGAUCUCCGCUUCGGCAAGGCCACGCUGCUGUGCACCCGAGCGGAGACAGCCUGGGGGAAGGAAGGGAGCCUCCCCCCAAUUCGUCUGGCUAGGGUUUCCGCCGGCGGCGAUGGGUGCUCUCGCCGACAGCCGCAAGCGCGUCUCCGCCGACCACCGCCUCCUUCCCUCCUUCCCUUCCUCCGCUCCAUCUCCCUCCAAGAAACCCAAGCUCGCACCCCUUCUCCCCACCGCCCCUCCCCCGCCUCUCCCCUCGUCUUCUCACAUCCCCUCGUCGACUUCCUCGGCUGCGCCGGGGCCCAAUUCCUCAACCGCCUUCGCCUCCACCUCCUCCUCCUCCUCAUUUUGCUCGUUGCCCCAUAGCCGCCACCGCCGCCUUCCCCCGCCACCGCCGGUCCAGCGCUCCAUCCAUGCCCCCCUGCGACGCAUCCGUGCCUUCCGCCUCGGAAAUACCCGCUCCAACUCCGAUCCACCGUCGUAUUCCCCGUCCCCACCACCACAACCUCUCGGCCUCGACCAGUACGUCGACCUCGUCAAUAGUGUCACCCAACCCCCGCCGCUUACUCCCCCAGCUUAUGUGCCGAGAGGGGCGAAAGCUACCGUCGAGGUGGUCGCUGUCGAUGACCUGGGAGAUAUAAAGCAGGACGAAGAGGAACGAGAUGAGGAGGACGAGGUGAAGGGUGAGGUGGUAGUGAGGAAGGUGCCUCUGUACAAGGAUCUGUAUGAGGCGUCCAGCCGGCAGCGGGACCAUAGGCUCGGGAUACUUGAGUUUGAGGUGCGUCUUGCCGAGAAGGGCCGACUUGGACUUGAGGGGCUCAAGGAGGCCCGGCCGCAAAUCACGCCCAACAAAAAGGUGGUGCCGGAACCUUUUGUUCCUCUAACGGACAAGGAUGAGGACAGUGUUCGUCGUGCUCUUGGUGGCAAGAAUAGACGUGAGAUUCUAUCGGAGCAUAAAGCUUCAAACAUUGUCAUAACAAGAGAGAUCUUGCAGUGCUUGAAUGAUAAACACUGGCUAAAUGAUGAGGUCAUAAAUUUGUAUCUUGAGCUUCUGAAGGAGCGGGAACUGAGAGAGCCUAGCAAAUUUAUAAAAUGCCACUUCUUCAACACCUUUUUCUACAAGAAGCUGAUUAAUGGUGGGUAUGACUAUAAAGCCGUAAGGAGAUGGACAAUGAAAAGGAAGUUAGGGUACAACCUAAUUGACUGUGAUAAGAUUUUCGUUCCUAUUCACAAGGAAGUGCAUUGGUGUUUAGCUAUCAUCAACAUAAGGGACAAAAAGUUUCAGUAUCUGGAUUCACUUGGCAGCAUGGACAUGAAGGCCCUGAAAAUCAUAGCCAGAUAUCUUGUAGAUGAGGUAAAAGACAAGAAUGGCAAACAGAUUGAUGUUCUUUCAUGGAAGCACGAAGGAGUCCAAAACCUUCCUCUGCAGGAGAAUGGAUGGGAUUGUGGCAUGUUCAUGCUCAAAUACAUUGACUUCCACAGCAGAGAUAUGGGCCUUACUUUUGGGCAGAAACACAUGCCUUAUUUUCGUCAGAGGACUGCCAAGGAAAUAUUGAAUUUGAGGGCUGGAUAAUGAAGAGGCGCAUCAUAGGUAUAAACAAAAGGAAUGUGCAAACUGGAGGCAAGUGUAUGUACUUAAUAGAAUGCAGCUAUGCCUUCCCUGGAGUACCAAAUGCAAGGAUUUCCGAAGCCCAGGGGUUCAAACCAGUCAUCUUGCAAGGAUCAAGCCUUAAGAAUAGCUUGCAUUAAAUCAGGUGAAUUGGCUGCCACAGUGGAUGUUCUUGGCGCAGAAAGCCAUCGGCUGACUGAAAGGGCGUUGCAAACUUGCAAUCGUCGUGUUAUGUCCGUCUGUUAGACUGCAGAGCCACUGAGAGUUGAAAGGAUGGUAUGGUUGGAACUCAUUUAAUAGUCAUGCCUAUUUAAUGACUGGUUA